AUGUCGUCUAAAAUUAAGGAUGGGCUUUUCAUGGGGGACAUUGACGCGGCCCAAGACGCCGAUUUUCUGCAGCUUAAUGGAAUAAUGCAUAUUGUCAAUUGCGUGCCCCGCCAAAUGCCAAACAUAUUUCAACAAAGCCUUGGCCUGUCGUACACGGCUUGCGACUUAGAGGAGACACUACAUCGACCUUUUUUCGACCUCAAGAACCGCGAGUUUGGGCACAUAAUUCAAUUAAUUGAUCGAGCUCUGGACAAUACUGAAAGCGUGCUGGUGCAUUCUCCAAAUGGGUUUAACCGAAGUCCAAGUAUCAUGAUUGGAUACUUAAUGGUGAAAUAUUGCUGGGGUUUAGACAAAGCACACGAGUUUGUGAUGACCAAGCGCUCGGAUGUGAAACUGCAUAAAUCCUACAUUGAUCAACUUUGCGGCCUGGAGGCACAAAUUAAAGAAGAUCGUCCAGCUCGUGCGACGGACAGUCAGCUAUACGAGUGGCUAACUCUGUCUGCUGAUUCAAAGUUAGAUGAGAUUGUGCUAAUUCACACGUUUCUAAAUUCUUCUUCUAAACCUAAUGACAUUGGUGCCUUGGAGACGCGACGACGUGAUACAAGCAAACACCGCCGCGAGCGUCGAUUGACUUGGAUUGAUCAAACGUCUGAGUUGCGUAAGUCAAGCCCUUCAGUGCUUGAGCGUCCCCCCAACUCGUCGUACAAUGAAAUGGUUCCAGCUAACGGGUGGGUAGACUUGUUUGACCCUUCACCACAUUUUGCUCACAUCAUAAGCAAUAAGAUAACUACUUCAGAAGGUAGUAAUCUGCAUACUGCACGACUUGCCUUUGCUGAUCUAUCUAGUCGUGGCAAGCUUGAUACAGCUCCAUCGAGCGUAGAUUCUGACCAAUGUGGGCCUGAGGUAGACGUGGGACUUUUGGAAAUUGCUGAUGUACCAGUAUUGCACAGCAAUAAACGUCUUUAUUCGUUUUCAGCACCGAAGAAAAUCGAGAUACAUGACGAUGAGGCAUCGACAUGCCCAUCAACAACCAGCGAGGAGUUUGACUUUGUGCCAGGAUAUGCUGCUAAAAAUCGCGAAACCCUUGCACCGACUAAAUCUCACCCGCGACGACUGUCAAGCAAUCUUCCCAGAGCUUCGCUUUCAACAAAGCAUGUAUCUCUUCCUGGAAAAGGUCGCAAUAAUAGUUUUGGCAACGUGUUGAAUACCAAACCGCCGAGUGCUACUUUAAAAGGUGUGACGAAAAAGUCGGGCAAAAGGAUUACAACUGUGGGCUCUCGAAAUCUUGCUUCAGGAGGGCGUGUGUUCAACAGCGUCGAUUUCGCACCGCCUGCUUCCUCAGCGGCUGGUCGAAGGUCUGUUCCGACUGGUUCAGUUCGAUUUUUUGCUGCCGAUCAGCUUCGAAAAACUACACCAAUACGCCCUCGAACGGCACCACCACGUAUUCGCACUGACGUCGAGACAAAGGAUUUUUCUCAAAGAAAAAGAGUUGACUUGAACGGCAUUGGUCGAGUGACGAUCGACCCUAUCAAGUCGCACCGCUUGCAUUCAUCUUUGGAUUACACAAGUGGUAUUGACUUGGAUGCAUCUUUAUUACGUGGUGCAAGACGCACAUCAGCAUUAGAUGGGUUUGGCAAAGGUAAGACAGCUCGAGCUUCGUGGCGGUAG